CCGCGAGUCUCGCUGCCGCUGCCGCUGUCGCUGCUGCUGCUGCUGUUGCCGUUUCUGCUGCUGACAAUCGCGCAGGGCUAGUAUACCGUUUCUCUCUCGCGUAUACGCCCGAACGAACGCGCAUCGACGAGAAUACGUAGCGCGCCGCGCCGAGCGUGUCGGCCAACGUUACAAACGACUUUGGAGGAAAUAUCCUGAAGGCACCUCACGUGUGUCAAGAUGGCCCGGGAAUAUGACCACUUAUUCAAGCUGCUCAUCAUUGGCGACAGCGGUGUAGGUAAAAGCUCAUUACUUCUGAGAUUCGCCGACAAUACUUUCAACGGCAGUUAUAUCACAACGAUAGGGGUGGACUUUAAAAUACAAACUGUGGAGGUAGAUGGUGAGAGAGUGAAGCUGCAAAUUUGGGAUACAGCUGGGCAGGAACGUUUUCGGACAAUAACUUCAACUUACUAUAGGGGAACACACGGCGUCAUAGUUGUGUACGAUGUGACCAGCGGUGACACGUUUGCGAACGUUAAACGAUGGUUGCACGAAAUUGAACAGAAUUGUGAUGUGGUUAACAGGGUACUUGUAGGAAAUAAGAACGAUGCGCCUAAUCAGAAGGUAGUGUUAACGGAAGAUGCACAAAGAUUCGCCAAUCAGAUGGGGAUUCAGUUGUUUGAGACUUCUGCUAAAGACAACAUUAAUGUCGAAGAGAUGUUUAUGGCGAUAACGCGGCAAGUAUUACGGACCAAAAAGGAGAGUAAAGAGCGGCAAGCCAUACAGCCCAAUGAUACCGUCAACCUGAGGAAAAGCACAAGACAGCAUAGGAAAAAAUGUUGUUAGCGAUGUUGUAUAAGCAUGCCACCUACUCACAAUAUUAUUUGAUACGAUGAUAGGACAGAAUAAAACAGAGAGCAUGUGUUAGUACCAGAGUGGACAUGAGACGCCGGAUAUUUUCUAAUUUGAAUAAGUUUUGUAUUCGAAAUAUGAUACCUAAGAACGUAUCCUAACUCAGAGGUAUACUUUCGACGCUAGUAUUGUAUUUAACGUGUAGAAUCAAGAUAGCGCGCGUGCACGCGUAGAGCUUAUUUACCGAAAACGAUUAUACGACAUUCCUUUGAUGUCCAAAAAAUAUUUUCGCAUGCUACAGUCAAGAACAAAAGGCCUAUUAUUCAUUUGUAAUCAUUUACGGCAGGGUAACUCGCACACACGCAAAAUAUUAAAAUUUUGCUUAACACACAUACACACACACAUACACACACAUGUAUCACGUAUAAUUGGAGUGUAGAUAAAACAUUUUAACGACAAUGUUUUCAUGAACAAACACUGCUGCAAAUAUCUUCCGCUGAUUGUUUCUAAGAUGUACAGGUGUCAUUUUGAUCAUGGUGUAAACUUGUGCUGCGUUUAAUGAUGAGUUACCAUACUUUAAAUAAAUUGUGUUUAAAGCGUAGGAUUAGAGAGUUUUUUGAACAAAGAAGCGACAAAUACUAUGUUAACUGGUCUAAAUAAUUCUUAAAACAUUUGAUUAAAAUUAAGAUUGCUGCGGCUUGAUGGCGCUUUCGGUCCAUCUGAAAGACAUUCAAUCGGACAUAAACGGUGGAAAGUAUCAACGUUAUGCAGUGCACUACAACUGGUGUACAAGCGAGACACUGUGUCUGUUGUAUGUCUGUGCAUACUGUUCGAAAAUUACAAGCAAAAGCUGCUUCUCGAGUUUGAUACGCACACUUAUUGCCAGCAUUCAGAAGACUGUAACACGAGUAUAUAAGCGACUUGUUGUAUGAUUUGUAAAAUUUACAGUGUACACAUUUGAAAGUUGUAACGUCCUUUGUAACGUUUUAAAAUCUGCUAUGGAUUUUAAGCGUGCGUUGGGCGUACGCGAAACAAUAUAUUUGAAAACGAUGUAUUUAAAAGGAAUUUUAAGUACUGAUAAGUACCGACAAGUACUGAUUGUCGAAUAGUAUUCUCUCCGAGAAUCUCACGAACGACGAACUUCCCAACGAGAAACAACCGCUUGUACAUUCAUUCCGAGGUUUCGGAGGGUAUACACACAGUAUUUAGUCCCGCAUUAAUAAAAUAUAAGACAUACAGUAUUAUCACACUGUUUAAUUUUGUACACGGUCUAACAUAUCUCUGUACAUUAGUGCGGCUCUGCGACGAGGAACGAAAGCGAAGAAGCUUUGUAUUCUUUGUGCGUCCGAAUUUUUAUAUAUAUACUCAUAUAUACGCAAGUAUCUUAAAUUGUCCAUGCAUCCGCGACGAACGACACAACACAUGCAUGCGUACACACACACACACACACACACACACACCAUACACACACACACACACACACACACACAUACAAGACUUGAACAUUUAUUGCAGAAGGGUAGAUAGCACGACGAAAUUGUAACGAUCGGUCAUGUCCAACUAUGACAGAAGCUGUCUGUAUUAAUCUGUGAUAAUAGUUAAGAUAUGUCGCCGGCUGCCACUGUAAUACCGCUGCGUGUACCUAUCUACUCAUCCUCCUGGUCCUAUUGUAAUUAUCAUUAUCAUUGUUUUUCAUUUAUCUUCCUCUCUUUCCUCUUUUUCCGUUUCCUCAACCUUUUGCCUCUCUUUCACUACUCUUCUCUUUCUCUCUCUGUCUCUCGCUCAUUUUUUUGCUCUCUCUCCCCCUCCCCCUCUUUCUCUCUCUCUCUUUCUCUUUCUCUUUCUCUCUCUCCCUUUUUUCUUUAGUAUCAAUCACAUAUCUCUUUUAGAGGCAAUAAAGCGACAUCCUACAAUGUGUACAUAUUCUACUUGCCAGUUUUAGUGGCAUAUUCACGAGUAUUUCAAUCAAGCAUAUUCAAUCUUGUUUACUGUUAUACAGUUAUAACGUUGUAAUAUUAUUAUACAUACGUACGACCGAGAUAAAUAAAUAGAGAUCUACAUAUAUGUGUCAAAACG